GUCCGAGAGCAUUCCACAAAUCGCAGUUUGAUGUCACGAAGAAACUAACAGAAUGUAGAUGGACCUUACAAAGCAAGAUUUCUUUGUUUGGAAGCCCUGCCUGUGGUGCUUAUUUCCUGAAAUAUUUAAAAACCCUGUGGCUCUUGGUUACCGUAUAAUUUACCAAGUCAACUUUGUCUUCUUUCCGAGGGCUCUUUCCCCUCACACCUCGAUCUCAAGCGCUUCCCGAUCAUUGGAUAUUUCGAGUCAAACACCAGAGACCAACAAGGCCCAAUUCUCAUACACUACCUCCAGUGCCCCUGAAACUUACUCGUCUCCUCAAAAUGAAGGCUUUGGUAUCAAACCGCAGCACUCCCGCGCGAAUUUUCAAUCUCACCUCAGGAAAGUCCAUUUUCAAGGGGGCCCAUGUGAUCGACGUACCCAAACCGGUGAUCACCGGCCAGGAGAUUCUGGUCAAGGUGAACUCUGUGGCUCUAAACCCGAGCGACUACAAGCACAUUGACGUCAUCUCACCUAAGAACUGCAUUGUGGGCUGCGACUACGCAGGAGAGGUGAUUGAAGUUGGCAAGUCCGUGGUAGAGUCAUGGAAGGUGGGAGAUCGUGUAGCGGGUGUUGUCCACGGCGGCCUGCAUCACGACAGGGGUGCUUUCGCAGAAUUCCUCAAGGCUGAGGCAGACCUGGCGUGGAAGGUUCCUCCCGGUAUUUCAGAUGAGGCUGCAGCAACCUACGGUGUCUCGGCCGUCACCGCCAUACUGGCUAUGAAUGUCCACCUUGGGCUUCCGUGGCCCGAUGAGCCUAAGAAUUCCGAAGCAUCAACACGACGACGAACCGUCUUCAUCUACGCAGGCUCCACUAGUGUCGGUCUCUUUGCCAUCCAGCUCGCCAAGUUAGCUGGUUGCACCGUGGUCACAACAGCGUCUCCACACUCCAAUGAUCUUGUCAAGAGCUAUGGGGCCGACCACGUCUUUGACUACAGAUCGGAGAAUUGGGUACAGGAUGUUACAACAGCCUUUCCAGAUAUUAGUCUGGCCCUGGACUGUAUCUCAGAAAAGGGCACUGGUGCUCUGACAGCUAAAGUACUUCAAGCCAAGGGUGGCAAGGUCGUCACGCUGCUUGAUCAAGGAGAGUCAAAGAUUGCCGGUGUUAAGUACGAUAUGAUCAUGCUCUACACCGUAUUUGGCAAAGAGUUUGCCUGGUUGCCCCCAAUUGGACCAAAAUUCCCAGUGGAUUUGGAACAUCGACAGGCGCUCGCGCGGUUCUACUCGAUACUUCCAGGGCUUCUUGAGAUUCUACGACCUCCUCCUCUCAAACAGAUCAAUGGCGGUAUUGAUGUCUUGCUUGAGGAAUUGGACCAAUUGCGCAAGGGGAAGGUAUCUGGAAAGAAGUUGGUCGUCAAGCUUUAGUGGGAUGAUAAUUUAAUUAGAUGUUUAAAUAGCAACUACCAAGUGCGUGAUAAUUGAAACAGUCCAUGUCUGAAUGUAGUGAUUGGGUUACCAAAGAAGGGAUGUGUUAAUUGGUACACUAUUUCACCCGUUUAAAACUGAUCACCGUUUACACCAGUCUCGAUUUCUUGCCGAUACCUCGAAGC